AACUUUCAUUGAAAUUUAUUAUCAACUGCUCCAGCAAUUAUAGUUCUCUACAAACUUCAAUAUAUAGGGCAACAAUCAUCAACCAUCUAUGGCGCAUCAUGGUGUUUCAGGUCUAGUUGGGAAACUUGUAACUGAAUUGGAGGUCCAUUGCAAUGCUGACGCAUACUAUAAAAUCUUUAAGCACCAAGAAGAUGUACCAAAGGCAAUGCCUCAUCUUUACACUGGCGGGAAAGUUAUCAGUGGAGAUGCAACCCGUUCUGGUUGUAUCAAGGAAUGGAACUACAUUCUUGAGGGUAAGGCGCUGAUCGCAGUGGAGGAAACAACACAUGACGAUGAAACAAGGACCUUAACACACCGCAUAACUGGAGGAGACUUGACAAAGGAUUACAAAAAGUUCGUUAAGAUCGUUGAAGUUAAUCCAAAGCCUAAUGGACAUGGAAGCAUUGUGACUGUAUCCCUUGUGUAUGAGAAAAUGAACGAGGGUUCUCCAACUCCCUUUAAUUAUCUACAAUUUGUCCAUGAGACCAUUGUAGGCUUGAAUUCUCACAUCUGCGCUUCUUAGUAAAAUACAUCCGAACUUCAGCGUUGGGUUUAAGUAUGCACGUACGAUCGUCAGUACUUGUUGUUUAAUUAGUUGUACUGUACGUUAUUCCUGCACACUGCACUAUCAUGCCUAUGUAUGUUUGAUUAAAUAAGACUAUGGAACUAUGGGAUUUAUCAUAUGCGAUGAUCCUUUUGAAUAAAUCAAAUAAGUCAUUUAAAAUGUGUUUUUUUUU